AUGUUUCGUCGCAAAACCUCAAGUCUACCAGAAGACAUCGUCUUCCCAGGAACGCUAGCAGAGCUCGGCUACUUCGUCAACGACAAGGAUCAAAUUCGACAGAUCAAAAACCCCGAGCAGAGAUACAAUCCUAAGACCAACAGGAGCGAGCGAGUCAAUAUGAUGUAUCGGGAUGCCAUGAACUCAUGUGUUGCCGACAUAGUCAGCAAGCGACUGAAUCACCUCGGGUUCGAGACGCUGCGACUACCUCUCGGUGCUGGUCCAACAGACAACCACGUACCCAUCUACCUCUCACCCGGCGUCAAGCACAAGAAGAGAGUCAUCGUCUACUUUCCCGAGCGACAGAUCGAUCCGAUAAUUCAAUCAUUCCGCGUGACAGGUGAGAACGACAUCGCCACAGGGUCGGUGCUGAAGAUCGUGGAUGGCAUCAUGAAUGGUCCAGCAGCGACGACCGACAAGGGUGCCCCAGGAUUUAUCAUCACUAAUCCGAGUCAGCUGUUCUGGUAUCGUGGGGAGCAGAGACCUGUCACUUGGUACCGGUGGCUGAAUCUGCCCAUGCCGACAGCCGUAUCGCCGGCCUAUCGUGUUGAUCCGGAGAAGAACCUCAUACCUGGCAAUGCAAACUCCAAGGAGCAUGUCGAGUACAUUUUCGAAGAAGUCCUCGCAGGUAGCACCGUUGACGCGGAUGCAAAACUGGACAUCAUUGCUAUGGACUGGCUCGGCAAGGAAGUGUUGAGUAUCUUGCUGAGAAUUGUGAGUCCCUUACGAAUAAAAUCAACGGCCAAAGCUGACGUCUCAGGGCCUAAUUGGUCACAACGAGUCUCCUCCAUUUGCUUCUGCUCGCCACAACACCGCAUCGUCGACCUCCUGGAGCAUGAAGCGCCUACCGACUUAAUCGAAUUUCUCAGCAAGAAAUGCCGGGCAUAUUUUGUAUCGAAUGAGAAGCAAGGAACGGUUGUUGAGGGCCGCCCGGAGUUUGGCUGCAAUUGCUACGCCAGCGGGGAUCAGACAUACAAACAUCAAGUUCUCAUUCGUGCGUGGCCUGCGAUUCUGGACCAUUUCAACGCGGUGCACACUCUGGAGGACUUUGAGGAGGUUGAGAGAUUCGCGCCACUGGAGCUGGAAGGGAACGGGACUCAGAACGGACAGGAGAAUGGAUAUGAGGACCACAGCGAGGCAUAG